CAAUCAGCUGUUUAUAAAUUUACAACCCCUAAAUUUUUAUAAUAAAUAAACACAGAUAAACAGCACCAAAGAUUUAUCUAAUAAAAUGUCAAAUAAAAGUGAAUAUAUUGAUAUGGAUAUAAAUAAAUUAUUUGAAGAUAAUUAUAUAAAAGAUAUUGAAAAAAUACAAAAGAAUAUUCAAGUUGAUAGUGAUUGGAAAAAAGUUGAAUUACGAACAUUAGUUGGAGAAAGAUAUAGAGAUUUAAUAAAAGCUGCUGAUACAAUUGCUGAAAUGAAAGUAACAUCAGAAAAUGUUAUAAAAAGAAUAACAAAUAUUGAGGAUACAUUUAAAGAUUUAGAAAAAAAAUAUUCAAUUGGUUUUAAAAUUGAUUUACCAGAUAAACAUAAUGAUAAAAUUAAAAAAAAUAUAUCAGAUGCUGUUGUUGUACAAAUUAAAAUAUUAAUGGAUAUACCAGAAUUUAUAUGGUCAGCAAUUGAUGAUAAUAAUUUUUUACGUGCAAGUCAAUUAUUUAUACUAGCACAACAUGUUAAUUACAGUGUUAUAUUUGAAGUUGGACAAUCAAUAUUAACACAAAAAUAUCCAUUAGUAUCAAAACAAUGGUGUAUUAUUAAUAAUUUUAGAAAUAUUAUUUCUGAAGAAUGUCAUAGAACAUUACAAUCAUUGGAUUUAUCAGCAGAUGUUGCUGCAAAUUGUUUAGCUUCAUUGGUUCUGAUGGAAAAAACAAGCUCAAAGAAUUUGUUGGAAAAGCUUAUACAGCUUAGAAGUAAAGCUGUUGAGUCAAUUAUCAAAAAUGAAAAUCCUCACAGUGUUAGACAUCGUAUAAAAUUGAGUGUGAAAUUAUUGACUGAUACAAUUUCUCUUGUUCAUUCUUGUUUUAUAAAAACAAGUAAUCAUGAAAAUGGUCUUGUUGAUCAAUAUAUAAAAACAAUAUGUGAUCAAGAAGCAUCAAAAAUGUUAUCACAACUUGAUUUGAAUAAUCAUUUAAUUGAUAAAUAUCUUCCAUCAGUUACUAAAAAUCAUAAACCAUUUGCAAAAGGUGAAUUUACUGAAAUAUCAACAUCUGAAAUACAUGAAAUACUUAAAAAUUGGUUUAAUUGGAUAAAAAAUUUUGCAAAUAAUGAAAUAACAAAAUUGUUAAAUCUUGUAACAUCAGUAAAAGGUAUAUUUAAUAUACGUGAAGAAUCAAUAUUAGUUAAUUUACCAGAAAAUUGGAAUAACAUAUGGAUUGAUUUAUCAAUAACACAAAUAAAUUUUUGGACUGAAUAUUAUCAUCCAUUAUUAACAAAUAGAGUUAAAGAAAUAAUUAAAAUACGAUGGAAUGAUUCAUUGAUAAAUUUAAAAGAACAAAUUAUUGAUUUAUUGUUAAAGUUUAAUAAUGAAAAGUUUGAUUAUCCAGAGCAUGACCUUAGGUGGUUCAUUUGGAAAGAUUCACCAAGUGAUAUACCACAAAAAUUAUCUAAAAACACUGGAGGCAUUGAUGUUAAACGUUCUUUGCUAAUGAAAGCCCGAGGUUAUUCACCAAAUUUAGUUAGUUUGUGUAAAAAUAUUGAUACAAAUCUUCAUACAUUAUUAUUAGAUUUGGAAGAAUAUUUAUAUGAUAAUGAAAAUGUAACAACAAUAACAAUAACAGAAGAUUUACUUAAAAUUAAUUUAUCAUCUGUAUUUGAUAAAUUUAAUGACAGAUCAUUGAUACAAGAAGAAUUACAAAUUAUUAGUGAAUUAAUGAUUGAUGAAUUAAUAAAAUUUAUAAAUGAUAAUUGUAUAAAUAAUUAUCCAAAUUAUGGAAAAUUAAAUAUAAAUAUAAUUUUUAUGGCUAGAUUUUUACAAGCAUUAACAACAUUAUCACCAAAUUUAAAUAAAUGUUUUACAUUAUCAAAAAUAUCUGGUUUAACAAUAACAAAUAUUAAAUGGCAAAAUGUUUGUGAUAAAAUUAAAGAUGAAAGUAUUAAAAUAUGGUCAAUAUAUGCUAAAAAUUAUCGUAAUAAUAUUAAUGAUUAUUUAAAUAAAUAUUUAUUAAAUGAUAAUAUUUAUGGUUUAAAUAUUUCAAAUAUAAUAAAUGAAUGGGAAAAAGUUAUUAUUGAAGAAGAAGCUGAAGAAGGUAAAAGAAUUAAAUCUGAAAUUUAUGUACCAUAUCAACCAUCAGUAUCACUUGAUAAAUUUUUAUCUGAAAUAACAAAAGAGCUUAAUAAAAUUAUACCACAUACUGUACCAAAAAAAGUUUUACAUGAAAUUAUUGAAUAUAUUGUACAAGAGUUAUUCAAGUAUUAUGAUAAAGUUACUAAAAAUGAUAAUUUACGUGAGAAACAAGCAUUUCAAAUAUUACUUGAUAUUAAGUAUGUCACUUUGUUGAUGGUACCAAGAGAAAAUAAAAUACUUGUAGAUAAAUCCCAAGAGAUUGUAAACAAUGUUCUUGCUAAAAUCGAUCCAUUUGAUUCUGAUGUUUUUUAUCCAUUUAUUCAUGCUAAUGUUAAAAAAAGUGUACAAAGAUCAAUGCUAAUAUUUGGAAAUUUGGUGCCUCAAAUGGAACAAUUGCAUUCUGUACUUGGUGCUCGUAGUGAAUUAGGUGAUAAUACUAAAUCAAUAACAGAUCCACCAGGUGUACUUGCACUUUGUAAUGGUGCACCAUGGUUUCCACCACUUGCUGUAACUGUACCAUCAAGAAAUUUACCUCUUAUACCUGUUACAAUACCCGACAAAACUCAGCGAAAAAAAACACCAGUUAAGGAACACAAAAGAAAUGAUUCAACGGGUGCAACAAUAAAGUCUGGUGCUGCUGCAUUUUUUGGUGCAAUGAGUACCGAUUGGUUUGGCACAAGUUAACAUUGAAUUUUAAUAUUUUAUUGUUACAUCAUUCCUCAAAGUUAUAUUGUAUGAAGAAAUAUAUAUAUUUAAUGACAUGGUAAAUUAAUAAUCUUCAAAAUGACUAAUGAGAUCUAACAGACUAAUGGGACAUUCACAGUAUUGAUUUGCACAUUCAGUCUUUCUCUCAGCGUUCACAAUAUCGUCUGGUAAAUUUUCAUUAUAUGAACUUGAAGGUCUUUAUAUAAAAUAAAAGUUAAAAAAUUAAAAAAUUAUUAUCAUUGUUAUUGUUUAAUACAUUGAUAACUUACGUAAAAAUAAUAUGAAGAAUAUCACCAAUAAUACCAUUGUUUAUCAAAGGUGCUAUUGAAGCUUCACAAAUUGCACGAAGUAAACAUUUUUUACCAGGAUAACCAGCACUAAAAUAAUAAAAAAAUAAUUAUAUUAUUUAAUUAAAAAUCAUAAAUAUAUAAAAUCUAAUAAAACAUACUUUUCAAGUUUAUUUUGAAUAACAUCAUAUGCAAAUUUACGAUUAAAAUUUUUAUCUUGUAAAUAAUCAUAAAAAUUAUUGGCUGUUUUAUUAUUUGGAAGUUUAUAAUUUGCUUCAAAAUAAAAUGAUAAUGAUACAGACUUGUCAGGUAUAUCAAUUGGUAAACCAAUAGCAAAAAAAAUCUAAAAUAAAAAAUAAAAUAAUCAUGAGAAAAAAAAAAUAUAUAUUUGUAUCUGGGUUAAUGGUAAAAUGUUUAAUGGCAGGCUUUGAAUAAAUAGCGUAAGGGUUCUUCUAUACUAGUGUAGUAGUGUUUUCUAUAUUAGUCAAUCAAGAAUGAUUGAUAUAGUACCCCCAUUCCACUACCCUCGGGAAAUUCAACAGAGCGUAUAUGCCUCGUGACUGCAAAAGUGACGUUUUUAACUUUUUUGCCACACCCAAAAUUUAUAAAAAAAUAUAAUAAAAAUAAUAUUAAUAAAAA